AGUAGCAAUAAGAGAAUUUAUCGUACAUUUUCAGAAAUUAAACACAAGAGUAAUUACAAAAGUUACUACUAGUAUGUAUCUUUUGUUGAUUUAAUACUCAAACAACAAGAGGCCAUGUAUUUAUUUAUUUAUUUAAUGGGGAACACUAGCCAUUAAAUAUCUCCACUCUUCACUCUUCUUACCAAAGACUCUUCUCCCUCUCUUCUUCAAAGCCUCUCUCUUUUUUUUUUCUUCCCCACUUAUUCACUUUUAUAUUGCUUCAGAGUUAUCGGCGAAGAAGAAGAAGUAGAAGACAACAUCAUCAUGAGUCUUCUACGUCUCCUAGCUCUGUCUCUGCUCAUCUCUGUUUCAGGAGCAAAGUUCUCUGGCCGGCCAGGAGUCAACUACGGCCAGCUCGGAAACAACCUCCCUUCACCCUCCGACUCUGUCAACCUCAUCAAAUCCCUAAACGCUAAACGCGUCAAACUCUACGACGCUAACCCAAAAAUCCUCGCCGCCUUAAACGCCACCGACAUCACCGUCUCCGUCAUGGUCCCCAACGAGCUCCUCGUCAACAUCUCUAAAUCCGAAUCACUCUCCGACGACUGGAUCCGAUCCAACAUCCUCCCGUUUUACCCAACCACCAAGAUCCGUUACCUCCUCGUCGGCAACGAGAUCCUCUCUUCCCCGGACUCAGAGCUCAAAGCUUCCCUCGUCCCCGCAAUGCGCAAGAUCCAACGCUCAUUGAAGUCUCUCGGCGUUAAAAAGGUCAAAGUCGGAACCUCACUCGCCGUCGAUGUUCUCCAGACUUCGUUUCCACCGUCCAAGGGUGAGUUCCGAGAGGAUAUCUCCGGUUUAGUUAUGAAACCGAUGCUCCAAUUCUUAAACCGGACCAAAUCAUUCUUAUUCGUUGAUGUUUACCCGUAUUUCGCGUGGGCGCAAGAUCAGACCCAUGUGGAUCUCGACUACGCGCUUUUCGAAUCUAACAACGUCACCGUAACGGAUCCGGGCACGAAUUUGACGUACCACAACCUCUUCGAUCAGAUGAUUGACGCAUUCGUCUUCGCUAUGAAACGUCUCGGGUAUCCGGAUGUUCGGAUCUGGGUUGCGGAAACGGGUUGGCCCAAUGGCGGAGAUUACGACCAAAUUGGAGCAAAUAUCUACAACGCCGCCACUUACAACCGCAACGUUGUCAAGAAGCUCGCCGCUGAACCGCCCGUAGGCACGCCCGCCCGUCCCGGGAAGGUUCUACCUUCGUUUGUAUUCGCGCUUUACAACGAGAAUCAGAAAACGGGUCAGGGUACGGAGCGGCAUUUCGGGCUUUUGCAUCCCAACGGGACUCAGGUCUACGGGAUUGACUUGUCGGGGAAGACGACGGAGUACAAGGAAUCGUUGCCGGCGCCGGAGAAUAACGAGGUGUACAAAGGGAAGAUUUGGUGCGUGGUGGCUAAAGGAGCAAAUUGGACUGAGCUUGGUGAAGCUCUAUCGUACGCUUGCUCGCAGGGGAACAAAACCUGUGACCCGAUUCAAAGCGGAGGCCCAUGUCACAAACCCGACUUGGCCGUUUUGCACGCCAGCUACGCUUUUAGCUCUUAUUGGGCCCAGUUUCGUAAGUCCGGUGGGACUUGCUCCUUCAACGGCUUAGCCACCCAAACCAUCAAAGAUCCAAGUUACGGACGCUGCGAGUUCCCGAGCGUGACAUUGUGACGGCUUAGGAGUUACGACAAGGCAUGGCCGAGGUAAAGCCGCACGGUGUUACGGCUUUCAUUGAUAUAAAUUGCACGUGGCGACUCCGUACGAUGAUGUUACGUAGCUUUUGAUUCUUAGAAACGGCACGUGAUUACGGUCCCGUGUGUAUUCAUUUGCUGUUUAUUUAUUUUAUUUUUCCCGCGAAAUAAUGAAAACUCUCAUGAGUAAUAAUAAAUUCGUUUUAUUUCGUGUACUGCUUCGACCGGUCCCCUUAUCUAUGUUUCUAUCAGAACAAAACUAUUAUUUUUUU